CUUGCUCUGCUGUAACUGGCUCUGCUCAUCCAUGAUCCGGUCUGACAAGGACAACGACAUCCCCAUCCGGUACAGCAUCACAGGUGUAGGCGCUGACCAGCCCCCCAUGGAGGUCUUCAGCAUCGACUCCAUGUCUGGUAGGAUGUACGUCACACGGCCCAUGGACCGAGAAGAGAGAGCCUCUUACCAUCUUCGAGCCCAUGCUGUGGACAUGAACGGCAACAAGGUAGAAAACCCUAUCGACCUGUAUAUCUACGUCAUCGACAUGAACGAUAACCGUCCCGAUUUCAUCAACCAGGUCUACAAUGGCUCCGUGGAUGAGGGCUCCAAACCAGGCACUUAUGUGAUGACAGUCACUGCCAACGACGCUGAUGACAGCACCACAGCCAACGGCAUGGUACGCUAUCGGAUCCUCACCCAGACACCCCAGAGCCCGUCCCAGAACAUGUUCACCAUCAACAGUGAGACAGGGGACAUCGUGACAGUGGCAGCUGGCCUAGACCGUGAGAAAGUCCAGCAGUACACAGUCAUCGUCCAGGCCACUGACAUGGAAGGGAACCUUAACUAUGGCCUCUCAAACACAGCCACUGCCAUCAUCACGGUGACAGAUGUGAACGACAACCCGCCAGAGUUCACCACCAGCACAUUUGCAGGGGAGGUCCCAGAAAAUCGUGUGGAGAUGGUGGUAGCCAACCUCACCGUAAUGGACCGAGAUCAGCCCCACUCACCCAACUGGAAUGCAGUCUAUCGAAUCAUCAGUGGGGACCCCUCAGGGCACUUCAGCGUCCGCACAGACCCCGUCACCAAUGAGGGCAUGGUCACCGUGGUGAAGGCAGUGGACUAUGAGCUGAACCGUGCCUUCAUGUUGACGGUGAUGGUGUCCAACCAAGCACCCCUGGCCAGUGGGAUCCAGAUGUCCUUCCAGUCCACAGCAGGGGUGACCAUCUCUGUCACUGAUGUCAAUGAAGCCCCCUACUUCCCCUCCAACCACAAGCUGAUCCGCCUGGAAGAGGGUGUGCCUGCUGGUACUGCACUGACCACCUUUUCUGCCGUGGACCCUGACCGGUUCAUGCAGCAAGCCGUAAGGUACUCAAAGCUGUCAGAUCCCGCAAACUGGCUUCACAUCAACACGUCCAACGGACAGAUCACCACAGCUGCAGUCCUGGACCGCGAGUCCCUCUACACAAAGAACAACGUCUACGAGGCCACCUUCCUGGCUGCUGACAAUGGGAUCCCCCCGGCCAGUGGCACUGGGACCUUGCAGAUAUACCUCAUCGACAUCAAUGACAACGGACCUGAACUGCUGCCCAAGGAGGCACAGAUCUGUGAGAGACCCGGCCUCAACGCCAUCAACAUCACCGCAGCUGAUGCCGAUGUGGACCCCAACAUCGGCCCCUACGUCUUUGAGCUGCCCUUCAUCCCCACCACUGUGCGGAAGAACUGGACCAUCACUCGCCUAAAUGGUGACUAUGCCCAGCUCAGUUUACGUAUCCUGUACCUGGAGGCAGGGGUGUAUGACGUCCCCAUCAUCGUCACGGACUCUGGGAACCCUCCUCUGUCUAACACAUCCAUCAUCAAAGUCAAGGUGUGCCCGUGUGAUGAGAACGGUGACUGCACCGCCAUUGGUGCUGUGGCCGCGGCUGGCCUGGGCACGGGUGCCAUCGUGGCCAUUCUCCUCUGCAUCGUCAUCCUGCUGACCAUGGUCCUGUUGUUCGUCAUGUGGAUGAAGCGGCGGGAGAAGGAGCGACACACGAAGCAGCUGCUCAUCGACCCCGAGGACGACGUACGUGAUAACAUCCUCAAGUACGAUGAGGAAGGCGGCGGUGAGGAGGACCAGGACUAUGACCUUAGCCAGUUGCAGCAGCCGGAAGCCAUGGAACAUGUGCUGAGCAAGGCCCCUGGUGUGCGGCGGGUGGAUGAGCGGCCAGUGGGUGCUGAACCCCAGUACCCAGUCAGGCCUGUAGUGCCCCACCCAGGUGAUAUUGGAGACUUCAUCAACGAGGGACUUCGAGCUGCUGACAAUGACCCCACGGCACCCCCCUAUGACUCUCUGCUGGUCUUUGACUAUGAGGGCAGCGGUUCGACUGCGGGCUCCGUCAGCUCCCUGAACUCCUCCAGCUCUGGGGACCAAGACUAUGACUUUCUGAAUGACUGGGGGCCCCGGUUCAAGAAGCUGGCGGACAUGUACGGGGGCGGCGAGGAGGACUAGCGGGCCUCACCUCUCCCACCAACACGAGAAGGGCACUUGAGGCCGAGCAGCAGGACUGAGCCAAGGCGCCGGAGUGGUCCUGGUGUCAGGAAGCCCCUCCCCGCUGUCAUCGCCCCACAUGGAGCUGCGCAGCAUGGACACAGGCCACCGGGCACCCACCACCACUGCUGCAUCUCAGCAGCCACAUACCACGAAGGGAGAGCCGGAGGCACGGCCCUAACUUCAGUUUCCUAGAACAGAAGCACUGUUUAAAACACAAAUCAAAAAAAAAAAACAAAAAAAAACAAAAAAAAAA